AUCAGCCCGAACGGAGUCUGCGGUGGACCCAACAACUACAACUGUGUAGGCAGCGAAUACGGCGACUGCUGCAGUCAGUACGGUUUCUGUGGCUCCGGCUACGAAUUCUGUGCCGCUCAGAACUGUCUCACGGACUACGGUUCUUGUAAU